AUGAAGUCUUCCGUCAUUGCUCUCAUCUCCGGCGCCGCCGUGGCCCUCGCCAGCCCCGCUGUUCUUAACAAGCGCGUCUAUGAGGUCCAGUGGACCACCGUCUACACCACGGCUACCGUCACCGCCGGUCAGGAGCCGACUCAGGCCCCCGUUGUUGAGGCCCCUGUUGCCCCUCCUCCGGAGGCUGUUGUUGUUACCGUCACCAAGGGACCCUCCGUCGAGCCCAUUGCGGCUCCCACCACCAAGGAGGACGCCCCGAUCGCCGCGCCUACCUAUGCUCCCCCGACUGGCGGCAGCAUGGAGGAUACUGCUCUCUACCACCACAACGUCCACCGUUCCAACCACUCUGCUCCGGCCAUGAGCUGGAACAGCGACAUCGCUAACGCCGCUCAAGUCGCUGCUGACAGCUGCAAGUUCGAGCACCAGAUGGGCAUCAACGGCCUCAAGUACGGCCAGAACUUGGCUAUGUGGGGUACCUCUGCCAACGCUGCGGCCCUCGGCGCUGACGGUGCCAUUGCCAAGGCUGCCAGCGACAUGUGGUACGCCGGCGAGUUCGCCUCGUACGCCUCCUACUUCGGCAAGGAGCCUUCCAUGAGCGACUUCCACUCCUGGGGUCAUCUUUCCCAGCUGCUGUGGGCUGAGUCCACUGGUCUCGGCUGCGCUGUCAAGCUUUGCAAGAAGGGCACCAUGUACGACACCAUGGACGCCUGGUACAUGGUCUGCAACUAUGAGCCUGCCGGCAACAUGGGCGGUGCCUACGCCAAGAAUGUCAAGGCUCCCCUUGGCCAGGCUCCUGUCUCUGCUUAA